AUGAAAUUCAGCAGAAAAGGGAAACUUAGUCCGAGAUACAUCGGGCCUUAUCAGAUUGUCCGUAAAGUAGGCAAGGUUGCCUAUGAAUUGGAUCUACCAGCUGAUUUAGAUGCAGUACAUCCGGUGUUCCACGUGUCUAUGCUUCGUAAAUUCGUUGGUGAUCCUUCCAGAGUAUUUCCUGUGCAGGACAUCCAGGUGACCGAGGAGUUAUCCUAUGAGGAACAGACGGUGGCUAUUUUAGAUCAUCAGGUAAGGAGGUUACGCACCAAAGAUGUGGCAUCUGUCAAAGUAUUAUGGUGCAACAACAACCGAGAAGAAAUGACUUGGGAGGCGGAGGAAGAAAUGAAUAAAAAGUAUCCUCAGUUAUUUUCUGCACCCACAGGCAGAGAGACGCAAUCACGGAGGCUAGGUGAACUGGUCUCCGAAUUUGUGAGACCCUAUUCAUGUUCGUGGAGGGAAAUUAGGUCUGAGCACCAGCUAUCAAUAUUGAUCUAUAGCCAGUUGUAG